CGGCCAUCUGUUUUGGUACCAAGAAGGUCGCGCGUAGUUUAAAUAUCUACAUCAUCUCAACGAUGAGAGACACUAUCGCUCUUUUGUUUGUUCCUUAUCUUACCUUUAACCGCUUCUUGAUUCUUUUCUUACCGAAUCCACCUUUCAAUCGCCAUCCAGAUCUCCGAGCUCUCCUUGUGUAUACUCUCCUAAACGAACCCAAAUAGCCAUUUAAGAUGGCAGGUGACACUGGUAUCUACCCGUACACGCCCAACAGGACGGCCUGCGUGAUUGCAGCUGUGCUGUUUGGAGCCAGUGCCAUAUACCACCUUUUCCAAUUGAUAAGAUCGCGCGCUUGGUUUUACACUUCGUUCGUCGUUGGAGCUUUGAUGAUGACAGCAGGUUAUGGCUUUCGUUAUGUUUCUGCAGGAUCUCCCGCCGACCUGGGACCCUACAUCGGGCAGUCUUUACUCAUCAUCCUACCGCCUUCGCUCUACGCCGCUACGAUUUACAUGAUAUACGGCCGACUAGUCCUCUUUGUCAACGCCGCAGAAGCCUCCAUCAUCCGCCCAACGCUGGUCACAAAAGUGUUCGUUUGCGGAGACGUGGUCGCAUUCUUCAUGCAAGCUGGUGGUGGCGGCAUGAUGGCUCAGGCUAGUAUGGCAAACAUGGGACAGAAGAUCAUGUUGAUUGGUCUCUUCGUGCAGCUACUCUUCCUCGGAUUUUUUCUCUGCAUCGCGCUGGUCUUCUGGAAACGCAUGACCAAGUCAUCGAAGCAGUACGCGAUCCCACAGUAUGGCAAACACUCGUGGGACCAACUCCUGAAGCUGGUGCUGGCCGCUGCAGUCGUCAUCAUCCUGCGAUGCAUCUUCCGUGUCAUCGAGUUUGCGCAAGGGCACGAUGGUUACCUCGUAAGCCACGAAAUAUACAUUUACCUUUUCGACGCAGCACCUAUGCUGGGUGUGCAGGUAAUGAUGCACUUCAUUUACGCAGCAGAGGUUUUUGGCGUGGGGAGAAGCUCAAGACUGGGAAAGACGGAGAGUGUCAUCGACCUGUACCAAAGAGACCGUGUGUGAAACGGCAUCAAGGACCAUCAUUGUCAUGGACAAUGCAAAGGGGCCGAGAAGUGAUGAACGGGGUAUUUUGUAGUGCGUCUGUGUUAAGUUAGCCC